AUGGAAAUGUCCAAUAGUUUAAACCCUGAGGACCUGCUGAACGAUGCUAUCCCAUUCGAUCAGAAUAAGGUAGCCUUGCUAGAUGAGAUAGUUAGUGCUCUUUAUUCUCAGAACCCUACAUAUAUGGCUCAGGCUAAUGAAAUCCUGACCAAAUUCCAGCAGAACGAGAACGCAUGGCAAUUUGUAGAUAUUAUUCUGGAGAAUUCCAAUAGCAACAACGCCAAGUUCAUCGCAUUGAGUGUGCUAGAUAAUACCGUAUCGAACAAGUGGAAGAUCUUACCUGAGGAUCAGAAGUCAGGCAUUAAGGAGUAUAUCACAAACCUUGUGAUUAGUUUGGGGAAGAGUGAGGUCUCAAACACGACUGGUGGUCCUUUGCUCACCAAACUUAACCAGACCCUCGUCUCAAUAGUCAAGCAUGAGUGGACAACAACCUGGAAAGACUUUAUCAGCGAAAUUUGUGAGGCUUCCAAAACUGACCAGGGGCUGUGUGAAAACACAAUGAAUAUUUUGAAAUUGUUGAGCGAAGAAAUUUUUGACUUUAGUAAGAAUCAGAUUUCAUCAAAGAAAGCGAAUGAGUUAAAAGAAACCAUGACUGUCCAGUUUGCAUCCAUCUAUGAUCUCUGAGUAUUCGUCUUGAACACUUCAAUUGAGAACUCAGGCAGCGUGAAGAAAGAUUUAGUGAAAAGUUGUCUCAAGACUUUUGCCUCUUUCAUGAGCUGGAUUCCUUUUGGCUAUAUCUUCGAGACAGAUAUUCUGGAAAAGCUAAUCAAUAAUUUCUAUGUCGUGCCUUCGUUUAGAAAUGAUACACUCCCUUGUUUAGUGGAAGUAGCAAGUUUAAAGAUCAGCCCAGACGAUCCCAAGUGUGAUGAAUAUACUGAGAAACAGUUUUUACUCUUUAUCACCUUCGUGUCUAAAACAGUAGAGGUUACUAAGGAUAGGAACUUGACUGAGGAAUACUCUAGAAUUUCUGAGGGACAAAGGCCAUAUUUUGAAAUCUUCUGCCUCCAGACAGGGUUGUUCUUAUCAGAAUUCAUCAAUAAUCAAAUUGAGAAAAUUGAGCAGUUAACAUCUUUCAAUGAAGUGCCAAGUGAGUUCUCUGAGAACCUGGCUGGAGCUGUUGGAAAGGGUCUAGAUUACCUGAUACAGCUGUCAAACAUCGAACUCAGUGAAUUGUUCAAAACAAUGAUGGAGUUUUGGCACAAAUUUACUUAUUACAUCCUAGUAGCCACAAAAGGAAGGGAUAUGUUUUCCAAAACUGGGGAUACUACUUUGAUAAAUCUACAAAAUAAUAAGCUAGUGGUUAACCCAACAUUGAGACAAGACAUUAUUCCAAACUACUUAGAGAAAUUAUGUAUCACCAUGAUCAGAACCAUGGCUAAGCCUGAAGAAGUUCUCGUGGUCAUUGAUGAGAACGGAAACCCUGUAGAGGAACUCAUCACAGAUACAGAGACUGUUAGUCUUUAUGACACGAUGAGGGAGAAUCUGGUCUUCCUUACUAAUAUCGAUAGCAAGAAGGUGUACACAAUUAUCACUUCCUCAUUAGACAAUUUGUUAGCCAAUGAAGCUAAUUUCUCAUUUGAUGCUCUGAACAAGAUCUGCUGGGCUCUUGGGUCUAUCAGCGAGUGAAUGAUGGAAGAAGAGGAAAACAAGUUCGUAGUCACUGUCAUCAAAGAGCUGCUAAAUCUGGUCGACAAGAAGAAAGGUAAAGACAACAAAGCACUUGUUGCAGCUGAUAUUAUGUAUGUUGUUGGUCAAUUCCCAAGGUUCUUAUGCACACAUUGGGCAUUCCUCAAAACUGUAAUCAAAAAGUUAAACGAAUUUAUGGCGGAAAAACAUCCUGGAGUCCAAGAUAUGGCUACUGAAGUAUUCCUCAAGAUUUCUAAGAAGACUAAAAGAAUGUUUGUUAUCAAGCAAGGAAAUGAGGAACCUUAUAUCUGAGAGCUUAUUCGAAAUUUGCCAGAAAACACUAAAGAUUUGGAAGUCAAACAGUCGUUGCAUAUUUAUGAGGGACUUGGGCACAUGAUUUCUGAAGAAAAAGAUGAGGGAAGUAGAAGUAUUUUACUCGAGCAGUUGAUGCAAUAUACACAAAAUGAGUGGCAAUAUGUGCUAGAUACUGCAAACAAUGAUCCUUCAAGUCUUCAAUCUAUUGAUACUAUUAGGACAAUCGGGUUUAUUAUCAAGGCUAAUGAAAGAGUUGCUUUUGCUUUAGGCUCAUCUUAUGUGACACAUUUAGCUAAAAUUUUCCAGGAACUCAUGCAGGUGUAUAAGCUAUACUCAGAGAAUAUCUCUUCAGCUAUUUCUAACGGACCUGGCUCAUAUAAUAACAGUAUCUUGAGAGCAACAAAGACAGUGAGAAGGGAAAUUUUGAAUCUCAUUGCUACUUUCAUUAAAAGUAAUGAAGAUCCUGAAUUAAUAGUCACUGAAUUCUUACCAAUUCUGAGUGAACUAAUCACUGACUAUAACCAGAAUGUUCCAAAUGCCAGGGACCCAGAGGUCCUUUCCUUGUUCUCAACCUUGAUCGAGAAGAUGGGAGAUAAAAUGUCAGAGUAUAUUCCUGAUAUUUUGAACUACUUAUUUGAGUCUACUCUGACCAUGAUUAACAAUGACUACACUACAUUUAUGGACUUUAGGAAGAACUUCUUUGGGCUUAUCAAGAAUAUUGUCAAUUACUCACUCGAAGGAUUAUUCGGAGCCACUGAAGAAAACUUUAAAGUAUGCAUUGACAGUAUUAUUUGGGCUAUUAAACACUACCAAAUUCAACUAGCAGAAAUAGGCCUUGAUACAAUGAGUGAGCUUUUGACGAAGGUCGUCUCAAACCAGGAGAUUGCUAAUGUGUUCUUCCAGAACUUUUACAUGUCAAUCAUGCAAGACACGUUCUUUGUCUUAACAGAUUCCCUGCAUAAAUCAGGAUUCUACAAACAAGCUUUGAUAAUUAUGAGACUUAUUUCAGUGGUAGAAAAUGAUAUCUUUGAAGGAACUCUUUCGGAGGAGGUGUCUAACAAUAAAGAGUUUGUCAUCGAGUAUCUUUCAGAUGCUCUAGUAAAGCUCUUCCCUAAUACUAACAAGGUACAGAUCCAGACCUUUGUCCUCAACAUGUUCAACAACUGAAACGAAAAGAAAGAAUUUGUGAGCACGAUGAGAGACUUCCUGAUCGCUCUGAAAGAAUUCGCUGGUAAUGACCAAGACUCCCUGUACGAACUAGAGAAACAAGCUGCGAUGAAGGAGGCGCAGGAGAGAGAAGAACUUAGGAAGAACGCCAUUCCUGGCUUGGUUAAGCAGAAAGUUUUGGAGAAUUUUAAUGGAGUUGCCAAAAUUGAUGAUGAAGGAGAAGAUGACAACGAGCUAUAA